GCAACUACCUGAUCUCUGACAUUCUGAUUUUUAUUAAAUCUGGCUCACAUCUACUCUUCACUUUUCUUCGUAUAUCCGCUUUCUUGAAAACUUGUGUAGGGAACACUUGUAGGUGUCGGCUGGGGUCGCCAACGGUCGGCUUUGCAAGAUGGCAUCGUCGGUUUAUUUCAAGUUUAGAAAUGACAAAGAGCCUUCAUUAAUCACAUUCGAUGGCACAAGCAUUACAGUCUUCGAUCUAAAGCGUGACAUCAUCCAAGCUAGAGCUCUCGGUGAUGGUACUGACUUCGACCUCAUCAUCUCCAAUGCGGACACAAAAGAAGAAUACAACGAUGAUACCACUAUGAUACCUCGUGCGACAACCGUCGUCGCCCGUCGAGCUCCAGCUUCAAAGCCUGGACACGGCAAAGCAGCCCGCUAUGUGUCGGGAAAGAUGCCAAUCACCUCUCGCCACAACCCUCGAACCGAAUCAUCGACCCUCGCAAAACCAGCAGUACAGUCAUCAGCCCCGGCUGGCAGGGAACCACAAACAGAGCAAGAGAGGAUUGAUGCCAUGUUUCAAAGUAGUGCGAAUCAAUGGGAACAACAAAAACAGCAAAUGGCUACGGCUAAGCCUGUUCGGCCCGGUUUUAAACCCAAACAGAUUACCGUUCCCGAGCAUGAACCUCCUGUAGGGUAUGUCUGCUAUCGAUGCCAUCAAAAGGGACAUUGGAUUCAGGCAUGUCCAACAAAUGACGAUCCAAACUUUGAAAACAAGCCACGCAUUAAAAGGACUACCGGCAUCCCUCGAUCUUUCCUAAAGACCGUUGAGAAGCCAACGGCCCUUGCUAACGAUGGAUUUACGGAUGACACCAAGCAACCGGCAGGUGUGAUGAUUAAUGCGGAGGGCGAGUAUGUGAUCGCAGAGCCAGACAAAGCAGCUUGGGAGCAGUACCAGGCAAAGGCGAAGGCUACUCAGGCCCAGCAGGAAGCUGCGGCCAAGGGUAACCAGGAGUUACGAGACCGUGGUUUGGAAUGUCCUCUAGACAUGCGUAUGUUUGUUGAUCCCAAGAAGACGCCCUGUUGUGGCCAUACCUAUUGUAUCGAUUGUAUUGAGAAUGCACUUUUGGAUUCUGACUUCGUGUGCCCUAAUUGCUCGACACCAGGGGUCUUGCUCGACAAUCUUGUUGCUGAUGACGAUAUGGCAAAACGUAUCCGUGAGUAUGAAGAUGAAAAGUCGCAGGCCAAAAAAGACGAAGUAGCGGCGUCGUCGGCAGCAACUGCAGCAGCCACUACGGCUAAAAGCCCUAAGCCUGACUCAGAGGAUACAAUCAAAAAUCAGAAUUCAGAAUUCAAGCCUGAAAAAUCAUCGUCCAAGUCUCCGUCGCCGGCACCUACUUCAAAGCCUGCGAACGAGACCUCUCCUGAGGGCGAUGCGCCAGCAGCCACGGGAGACCCUUCGUCUAACAAAAGAUCUGCCGAAGAAGAGCUCGAGAAUAAUAGGAUCCCUUCUGCUCCCGCUGCCAUGCGAAAACAACUAGAACAACAAAAAGCCGCUGAAGAGGCUGCCGCAAAAGCAAACGACCCCACCAACCAGUUUAUUGAGCAAAUGGACAACCUAGACCAGAUGAUGAAGAACGGUCAGCCAAACAUGCCGUUCUCGAAUAUGGGCUUCCCAAAUCAAAUGGCCAUGAUGAGUCAGAUGGGCAUGGGCAUGGGCAUGGGCAUGGGCUUGCCAAUGGGUAAUGGAAUGGGUAUGAUGACUGGCAUGAUGGGCAUGUCGAAUGGUAUGACUCCCAUGAUGCAACAAAAUGGCAGUUGGGGAAACAUGAAUGGCAUGGGUGGAGUAUAUCAGCAAAAUGGGAUGUUCAACAAUUACAACAGUGGCCGUAACAUGAACGGCUACGGCGGUAAUCAGCAAUGGCAGGGCCAUCAGCAACAUGCUUCCGGCCCUUCAGGAUGGAACCAGAAUAGUACACACCAGAACGGUUUCCCAAAUCAACAACGAACUUUCUUUUCUGAGCCGCUUGGAAAUGAAGAAGACAAUGCGUAUUUCCGUAAACCAGUUAACCCUCAUCGUCAUCAGAGUCGCCAAAGACGAACGCAGCGGCCCAGCGAUUUCAAAGAAUUAUGAACACAUCACCAGCAUAUCACCAUAUCACCACAUAAUGAAGAAACUAUAACUUACUGGGGCACGCCUAAGCCUAUCGGAAGCAGACAUCACAGUGCUGUACUGAUUGUCUGCACUUCUGGCGAAGGGGGGCUCUUUGUAUAUCAUAGCGUUGGAGUUGGCGGCGUCUGCUUCUUUGCAUUUAUUGAAGCGUACAAACGAUAGCUAAGGUUUCGAUCGGUCUUCGUUAGGAUCUGCGGUGCUUCUUGGGAUAGGGACAUAUUGCUAUACACUACUAUUAAGCUGUUGCAUUGGGAUUCGGAGUCUGGUACUGUUGGAUGGCUGAAGACCCUGGAUCAUAUUGAUAUCUCCCUCGGAACUUGUAAAGUAGUACUGGACAGGGUCGGGAAGUACAUUCGGUGAUAAGUCCUAUAGAUCAAGAAGUGCUUACCUU